AUGCCAACCCAACCCAAACGCGAAGAUGUCGUUCCCCAGCUCGACCUGGUGCGAGCCGCCACCCUGACCGGUAUCGACAAGGAAGAGGUCUACAUGGUCGACAACAUCGACAACCUCAAGGAGGCCUACCAGUACGAUGUCAACUCUGCCGAGGAGGUGCUCAGUCGCUACCCUUUGCUUCGGGACAAAAGCGAGGCUGAGCUUAACGUCCUCAACAACCGGGUCAAGAAAUUGAUUGACUACCGCAUGUUGCCCAUGCUCACACUCUGCCUCUUGAUCAACUACCUGGACCGAUCCAACGUCACGAAUGCUCGGGUAGCAGGCAUGCAAACCGACCUCGGCAUGACCGACGUACAGUGGUCCGCCGGCAUCUCCAUGUUCUACGUCGGCUACAUGGUUACCCAGCUCCCUGGUGUCCUCCUCCUCUCCCGCGGUAAACCCCGGAUCAUCAUGCCCCUCAUGGUCGUCGCUUGGUCACUACCCACCAUCCUGUUCCCCUUAGUCAAGAACGCGGAAGGCUUCAUCCUCGCCCGCCUCGCCGUCGGGAUCGCCGAAGGCGCCUUCUUCCCCGGUAUUGCUCUGAUGACUUCAUCUUGGUACACCCGGGACGAACUGCCGUUCAGGAUGGCCCUGUGGCACGGAGCGCCUUGCUUGUCGAACGUCUUUGGUGGUCCACUCGCUGCCGGGGUGCUCGAGACUAUGGAAGGAGUCGGAGGUCUGCGAGCUUGGAAGUGGUUCAUGAUCAUCGAAGGCAUCAUGUCUUUCACGGUUGCCGGUCUCGCAUUCUGGUCGCUCCCCAAUUGGCCCAACAACACCCCCUGGAUGUCUCCCGAAGAGACCGAGAUGGCACAGUAUCGACUUGUCAUGUCUGCCGGUGGUAUCGAUGAGGCCGACGCGGAUCUCACCGUCAUCCAGGGCGCCAAGCUCGCGCUCAAGGAUGUCUUCACCUACAUCUUCGCCAUGAUGCACCUCUGGCUCGUCGCUGCGCAGUCAUUCAAGGACUUCUUGCCGUCGAUCCUUCAAACGAUGAGCACCAGCAACCUCAUGACCUACCUCCUCCAAUCACCGCCCUACCUCUGCGGUUUCCUCGCCAUUCUCGGGUUCGGGUACACGGCUGGUAGAUUCAGGGAGAACACUUGGCACAUGGUCGGGCCAUUGCUGUUGUCCCUCGCUGGCGCUCUCAUGAUGAUUCUCACCUACAACGUCGGCGCUCGAUACACCGGUGUCUGCUUCCUCCUCAUCGGGACCUCGUCUGCAUUGAACUUGCACGUCUCGUGGGAAACCAGUUUGGUUCCCGCCCCUCUGCGGAAAGCCGCUCUUAUCGCCAUUGCCAACACCUUUUCCUCGACCAGCCACUGGUGGACCCCUUACUUCUUCCUCACCAACCAAAAGCCGCUUUACCGGCUCGGCGGCGGGCUCAUCAUCGUUUCCCUCGGCAUCAGCAUCAUCUGCGUGCUCGCUUGCGCGUGGUGGGCCAAGCGCAAGAAUCGCGCUCUGGACGCUGCCGAGGCCGAGGUUCAGGCCACCAGAGCGGCUCAAGGUCUGGAGCCGCUAGCCAAGGGGUGGCGAUUCCCAUUGUGA